AUGGAGAGGGCUUCCGGUUUUAUUGAGUUCCUGGAGAAGAACACAUUACCGCGUCGUCAACUCUUGGGGACACAGUUUAAAGUCCUUACGACGUUGGGCCGUGGCUCCUUUGGGGAAGUCCUUCUCGUGGAGGAUCGUAAUCUAAUUGGUGCACGGGCUGUGGUGAAGCGCUUUCGGAAGAGGGAGGAAAAGGAGAAGAAGGGCAAUUUGGCGCAGCAGCAAAUGCAAGCUGCCUUGACCGAGGCACGAGUCAUGUCAAGAUUCAACGAUGACGGUAUUGUGCGUCUCCUCGACACAUGGUACGAGGAUUGUCAAGGCGUUGUAUGCUUUCUGAUGGAAUACUGCCCGUGGGGCGACCUGGAGGCUUAUCUGCAGCAGCAUUACCCUCUUAGUGAGGAGAUGUUGCUUUACCUUUUCCUUCAAUGUUUACUUGCUCUGGCGCACAUACACACGAAGGGGGUUAUUCACCGUGAUUUGAAGCUGACAAACAUAUUGCUGGGCGCCGGAAGUAGUCGGAUACCAACGCUGAAGAUGGCCGAUUUUGGACUCAGCGCGUUCUUCAGCGUUAAUGAUGCGGUGGAUGUUUCCAUGUUUGUUGGAACACCACUCUUUAUGUCACCAGAGACCAUCGCGGAGGGACUUUGCGGUUAUGGGAGCGAUGUGUGGAGUCUCGGUGUUGUGUUCUACCGCAUGAUGACGAAUUUUCAGCCUUUUGUUGGCGAUGACAUUGCCGCUCUGCGGGUGUCGAUUACGAAUUUGGAGCCACCGCACCCAGCGGGAAAAUCCCGGGUACGCUACUCACAGGAACUGGGUGACCUCGUUAUGUCAAUGCUGGCAAAGCAGCCAUUCUCACGGCCUUCCGUGCGUCAACUGAUUAGCUUGCCACUUUUCUCAGAUGCUCUGUUAAAAUGCCCGUGGCGCAGCAAACCACUUCGUGGUGCACUUUGUCUCUUUGCAUGUCACAAGGACUACAUCGUAAGUGUUUUUGCAGAGCCGCGGCUGGACGCAAAAAUUGUUGGAACUUUUCACUUUGGCGAUCAUGUUUUUGUGUCCAACGAGGUGCGUUCCAAAGCGACGUCCAGACGGCGCAGCUUCUCGCCGAGUGUUGGGCGUAGACUCUCUUUGAAAAGCCCAGCUAAGACCAAAGACUGCUUGCCCGAUUUCACUACAUGGUGCCGCAUCGUUGGACCCCAGCAGGGCUACUGCUUGAAGUACGUGCGAGGUCAAAGCGUACUGCGGCAUGUGGGUGACUGCACCCCAUGUGGCCCGCUAUUCACUGAGACGGCAGUCAGCGAUGAACGUGGGUCGUCGCCGGAGCCGACAUACCGGACAGUGGCACCUUCGCCGCGGUCGUCGUGCUCGUCAAUUUGCGAGGGGACGCGCAGAAAAACGCCAAAAAACGUCUUGUCUUUUCUCCUUAAGCAUCGCGGCUAA